AUGUCUUCGGGGGCUGUACUGGCCGCGAAAAUACGGAAGAAUCGUCAAUUGAGGUUGCUGGCCGCCCAGCGAAGGCACAUUAGGUCGCGUUUCAAAGAAGUGUUUGGGAGCGCAAAAGUUCGAACUACCCGUUUGAACAGCAACUACUUUGAAAGCAACGUAUACCUUCGUGUAAAUGCGUUAUGCUCACUCCACAUAGCGUCGGCUGCUGCAGAGAGCGCUGCAGAAGCUGAAGAGCGUGCCCACGGAGCAGCUCUUUCACUGGUGAAUACGAAGGCGGGCCUACGUCACAUGCUACAGUGUGUUGACUCCGAUGUAUUUGCCGAACUCGAUGCGACCCUGAAAAGUAUGGACGCGAAGGUUGUAGUACAUCUGCUAAGGGUGCCAGACAGCGAGGGUGGCGAUACGCUUCGGUCUGAGGGGAUGCCAACGCAAUUUAUGACUACAGUCACAGCCGAGCUUCCCUUAAGCGACGCAGAGCCUGGAGGAGGAUGGGAAGAACUUUCACAAAAUGAGCCCACUGGCGGCAUUGCCAUCUGUCGUGGUGAGGGAGGAUCUCCCCGUGAUGCAAUAAAAGUGGGCUUUGCCUUAGCACUCGAGGAGCUCGAUAGGUACGCCGUGGAGGAAUUGGAAAGUAGGGAAGUGGAAGCUUGGCGUUUUCUCAAUUGUUAUGAGGAAGGAUUGCGCGUUUAUGACUGGGAUGGGGAUUUCCUUUCACUGUACCUGUGUGGUUCGCUUUGUGCCAGUCAGGAAACGACAUGGUGGUCAUCGUUAGCCCACAGACGUGGAGCUCAACGCGUAAAACUCCUCUCAAGGGAGGGGUGGGAGUCAUUAUCCCUUGUCGCUGUUGACAGCGUGGAGAACGAGACAGAACUUCGUUUGCCCCUCACAUCACCUCCAGAAGCGUUUAGGCGCAUUGUAUUGUCACGCAAUGGCAGUGCUGUGCAGUUACAGUACGGUUCUGCUCUUGCCUGGCCGAGUUGUUGGGUCGUAGGUUCAGUUCUUAUGCGACUCUGUGGAGUACUACAGUCGGCACUUCCAACUUGUGAUACUAGUAGAUCCCCCCGAGGGGCAAAACCCACCCCAAUGUUGCCUUUGCUACAGGGUGGAGUUUCUUUUCGGGGGGCGCGGGCCCUGCUCGGGUUGUUGCAACACUCGCCUAGUGUGAUGCAACUUUCUAUCGAGAGAGGGCUGUUUGCUCUCAAUGGGUUAGCUGCUUCGCGCUUUGUUUCAAUAACUCGCAGACCGUGCCUCAGCGGCUGCACAUUACCUGUUAUUGCUCUUGACCUGGUUCCCGCAUCUGGGAGUGGGGGUCCCUUAUUAGUAAGCGCGCAUCUGAGAAUUGUGGGUCUGCCGCAUGAUGAGUCAGGUGCAUAUCAUUAUCGGAAGUUCCUGGAGGAAAUGGUGGCAACCAGCGGCUCUGGGACGCAAGCGGAACAGGUGAAGCUAAGUAAAUCGCAGGAUGGAAGGUCUUUUGCUCAGGUUGGUUUGUUGGGGAAUAUUUGGCGGCUUAUUUGCACCGCCGCGGCGGCUGUUGCCCCAGAUAGCACCACAACCCACCGUGAUUUUACUCUUUGGUCUCCUUCGGUUUACUGGACAUCUGAUGGGGAACUGCAAAAGCAUCGGGACGAUCAGAACAAUUGGCUGUUAGAUCACAUUGGAGAACUGUUUUCCCGGGAUGCACAGGUGUCGGAGGUGUCAAUACCCGGUGAUGUUCUUAAUAAGGCGCUUCUCAUUACCUCUGAGUCGUUAGGGAUGCAAUCUUUGCAACUCUGCCAUGUUGUGCGAGAUCUAAUGUACACAUUUGGUCACUUUUUAUAUCGAUGUUCUUUGACCAAAUGGCGAACGGUGUUGAGCACAACCGACUCGACGGUCUUCCAGCUGUCAGUACAGGAUACGGUGCAGCAACAACAGUAUGAGCAGUCAGCCUUCUAUUGCCCGGACCUGCUGCUGAUGUUGCAGGACAUUCGUUUGGCAUUACGUCUGCCACAGUGCUCAUUUCCAGUCUUGGAGUUCUUUCAGAAGGCAGUCCAUGACGUACCGCUUCGCGUGCGACAAAUAGCUGCCGGGAACUUUGGUGAUGUGGAUGUUUACACGCGCAUCGUUGCCCACUGGGGUACAAAUCUACGUGUCGAAAUGGAGAGUGGGCCGCAGCAUGGUGUCUGUGAGAAGGUUCCUGUACAACCCGACAAUGAGAAGAACAAAGGGCCACUGCGACUGCUGUUUUUAGUGGUUUCUGCUCUCUAUAACCGUGUGUUCCCCAGGCGUGUGAGUGUCCCUCUCAUUGGACUCAACUCGCCAACAGCACGACGCUCCAUUGACUUCCUUCUCCACUCUUGGUUUAUGGCUCCACCACAGGUUCGUUGCUUUGAGAUUGAUACCCGUGCUGCGAGGUGGCUUCUUGGAAAGGAUGAAGAGGUGCAGUUGGUAGCUGACUAUAUCGUACGCGCCAUGUUGUUCUACGACUUUUUGGGGCAGAGGGUGUUGUUUGCCGAGACACAUGCACCUACGGUGGAGGAGGCGGUCCGCCGUGUGAACGAGCUUGCUGUGCUGCUUAAUAUGCCCGAUUGUGAUAACUUUCCGCGUCGGCCUGGAGGAUGCGUUACGCGGGGGAAGACCAGCGGCGCUGCGAUUGGGUACUGUGCUACAACUGAUAUGCAUGUCGACUCGGAGGUGGCGGCAUUACUGGAGGCGCUGGAAACCACAACCCGAACCCAGCCGCGUGUCUGUUUCGUGAGUACGGGUGCUCCUUCAUCGCCUUGUGUAGAGGGCGUUGUCGAGGUGCUAGUGUCGCAAUACGACAUUCGAACCACCGCAACUGUGAAGGAAUCCCGUGGCGUGAUCCCCUCCCUUAGUUUGGCAUGCCGGGAGGCGCUGAGGAUAGCCGCGCGCGUUGUGCCAGGUGUUGGCGCCUUGAACGUUGAGUCCUUGUUGCAAGUCGCUGCCGAUGCCGCACCUUUACUCCCACGCGACGGGUUUCCCCAUUUUGAUGCGCGUUUCUACACACCAGCUAAUUUGCUGGGUGAGCUGCUUCAGGGCGUGGCGGGCAGGUACGAUUGCACAUAUACUUCUGAUACGACUGCGGGAGAGAUUGUGUGCAGCUUGCAUAUCCAUAAAAUUUCCAUCUACGAGAAUUCUGCGCAUGCGUCACCAUUUUUUUUGUUGGGUGUGGGACGAGGGCGUACCAAAAGGGACGCUUGGGCAGCCGCCGCUGUGCAGGCCCUUCGGGGUAAUUUUCCAGAAUUUCAGCAGCAACUGGAUCGACACAGGGCUCUCUGCGAGCUGCUACUUCGCCCCAAUGACUUGUUUUUGUUGGGUUUAACCUCUGGGUUUACCGUAACGGUGUCUCGAAGAGCUGAAGAACUUGGUGGUGGGUUUGAGUGCAGAGUGAAAUCAGUGCAAUCGGUGACGGCAUCAGGAGACGGAGACCGUACCUCGGAACUUGUCAUCACUAGAAAUGCAACCCAUGCGGCGCAUGCUUACAUUGAAGCUGUUGAUUCUCUUCUGCUGUCGCUGCGCCGGGACGGCAGGGGAGGUGUUGUGGAUUAUAGCAGUACCGGUGGUGGUGGCUUUGCACGGUGGGACCCGACGUCGAACUACGCAAAGAGUGUAUGGCACGCCUGCUACGGUGCACUAGGGGUAGCGGUUGGCGGCAAAGUUGCAUUGCGUUUCGAGAGGGUCUGUGAGGAUGAUGGGGAUUAUCGGAAUAAUGUACCAGUUGUUGUUCGUUUAGUCGUCCGGACUUUAACUCCUGAAAAGAAUGAUGAGACUGGCGGUAAAGACGGUGAUGGAACGAGGUGGCGGACUGCAGAAACAGGGAUUGUUUCCGUCCACCAGCAUUGUAUUGCGGGGUAUAACCAUCUUGCAGGGGCGAGUCGGGGUCGUCCGGCGUCGGGGGGACACGUUCUGUUUGUCUCAACACGGCUUCUCUCAGAGGCUGUUGAGAAAUACGUUGAUAAUCACACGAGGGAGGAGAUGGGGUGGUUGCUUUCGCUACUUCAGUGGAGGAAGGGGGAGAAUAAUAAUUGCCCUCGCCUCAACAUUAAGCGGCGGAUAGAGCUGCUUGUUGAGUUAACGUUUGGCUGUCAAUGUCGAGUGGUUGUUAACCCCUCCAACGGCGCCAGUUUGGUUGCACAGGCUGGCAUAUGGUUGCCAGGCCCUAGCGUACGGAGCCCCCGUGUCCCUAUGGUGAUAGCUGCAUGUAGUGCCCGUACAACGGCGCAAGCCCUACUGGAGCUGCAGCAGGAGGUUAACCUCAUGCUUGAACCAUUGUGGGCCAUGACUACGCAAGUGUGUAGUUGCUCGGGCGGUGCUGAAGAAUUAGGCUCUUCGACUGUUCGUUUUCCUCCACAGGCGGCUUCCACUGCUUGA